AUGAAUACAGAAUGGGACGGCGAAGAAGACGACCCAACGUACAAGGAAGAGUCCACGGUGUUUAGCAGACUCCAUCCGGAACACGAAGCAUACAAACCAACCAAGCGCGCGGGAUACAACCCAAAAGCAGAACAUGAUUACACCUUGAGCUAUCGUCCUGAAGACAUGGCUGAAAAUUCAAAAUUCAUCCGAGAAAUCGCCUGCGCCGCCAUUGACAAAACGAAAUUACCACACAACGUGGGGAAAUACAACGGGCUGACGGACCCAGAUGAUCACCUCCAGGUGUUUAAGGGGACAGGAACAACAGGUGGGUGGAACUUACCAACGUGGUGCCACCUGUUCGCUCAGACAUUCGUCGGCGCAGCGCGCAUUUGGUUCGACAAUUUACCAGCAGGUAAAAUCAAGUCAUGGGUCGAUUUCCGAGAGAAGUUCCUAGCACACUUCUCUCAGCAAAGAAGACAAGCCAGAGACCCCGGCGACUGUUUAAACAUAUGGAGAAAAGACUACGAAAGCGUAGAAGAUUUCAUUACCAGGUACAACAAAGAAUGUUUAGAGAUCGGAGAUAUACCAGAAAAGAUGAUGCGCGCACACUUCAUGAGGGCGGUCAAGUGUGACGAUUUGGUUAAAAGAAUCAAGGGGCGAGACGGAGGACCCAAAGACUGGGAAACCUUCAUAGAAGCAGCCAAAACCAUUGCGCAGACAGACAGGCAGUUGACCGGUGACGACCACCGUCAGCGCGCGCACAACCAUAAUGAUCGACACAACAGGAGAGGCAGGAAUCAACCCUGGAAGGCUUCUGGGCACAGAGAAAGAAGUCCUCCAAGGGAAGACGCACGCCAUACAAUCAAUCAAAUAGCCCAUCGAAAAGAAGUAAAGCGAGAAAACAGAGAAAAACAGUGGACUCCACUGACCAAAACACCUUCUGAAGUCUUGGCCACAGAGAACCAUCAGUUCAAACCACCCUUGCAAAUGCGCAACAAGAGAGGCCAAGACCCAAAUCUCUUCUGUGAAUUCCACAAAGAUACGGGCCACCUAACCGACGACUGUUUCAGUCUAAAGCAAGAAAUCGAGAGAGCCCUGAGAGAUGGAAAGCUCACUCAUUUGGUCAAAGGCGGAAAGCGCGAUUACCGCCAAAUACAAAGAAGAGAUGAGGGGCCAGAUAACAAAAAGCUCAGAAAGCUAGAAACCCACAUCGUGCAGGGAGGUCCACGAAGACCAAGGAAAAACUACAACAAGCGCGCGCAGGAUGAUUCAUGGCGCGAGAAACAAGUUAUUUUCCCAGUUGUUAGAGGGGGUCCAAGAGAAAAGCGACCAAUAGUCAUUCCAGGUGUGAUUGGCCACUACCAGACAGAUUACAUCUUCAUUGAUCCUGGGAGCACCGCGGAUAUCAUAUAUGAACAGUGCUUCAAUCAAUUUGAUCAAGAGGACAAGGUGCGCCUAGAGCCAGUCGAUUAUCCACUAACUGGUUUCUGCAACGAAGCCGUCUUUCCCCUAGGACAAAUAUCAUUCCCGGUGUUGCUUUCAGACGGGAGAAAUUCAAGAACUAAAGAAGUCACAUUCAUGGUAUUGCCGGCGCACUCAAGACAUGACAUCCUCCUAGGAAGAGAAUUCCAAGGAGACUUCAGUAUGAUCUGCUCUGCACCACAUUCCGCUGUUGGAUUCCCCACCGAAACAGGCAUUGCGCUGAUAUAUGCAAGGAAGUUUUAG